AUGGAAGGUUCACAGGAUCACGCCAAAGAAGAUCACGGUCCAGGCGAGUUGAUAAGGAGACCAAACCAGGCAUGCAUUUUCCAGUUGCGGUCUAACCAGAGAGCAAUACAGGGCUUUCAAACAGUAUGGAUCCUUAAAAUCCCGUCCGAUUUUGGAUAUACAACCGAGCUGCCGGGUUGCUUUGGAAAUGAAAGUCGAGCGAUUAACGUUAAAACUGAGUUUAGAGUCAAGAACAACGCCCAGGUCGUUGACCUUAUCAGCUCUCUUGAGUAUAUGACCAUCAAUGUUGUACUCGAACAAUAUUGGGCUGACAGUUCGGUGGAAUGUCAUGACCUGACACUUUGCCAUGCUUACGAUGAGCAGCAAAGAAAAUUUCUAUCGAAACCGAGUUUGCCGGUGGAACAACUUAGUCUUAGUUUAUUAUUUCUGGUGAUAACCGUUGGCAUACUCGGCGGAUGUCAGGGUGCCCCGAGCAAAGAUGGAUUGGUGGAUCUGAUUGAAGAGUUCGGCAUACCGAAACUGCCAUCCGGGGUAACGCCGGUUGCUGGCAUGUGCAAUGAGACCCGCAACGAGUACCAGACGUACCCGGCGGCAGCCUACAACCUAAAUCAGAACACAGUGCUAAGCAUGGGUACGGCGCAGAUUUUUCCCGAUGAAUUUCCCACAAAUUUUUCCAUGCUGGUCGUUCUGAGAGCUUCACCGAAUCUGGUCCGAGUGCCUCUGUUUACGGUGUAUUCGUCCGAUUCCGAAGAGGUUCUCAUGUUGAUGGUUGGAAUGGAGGUUGCACUGUACUAUCAGGAUACUAACGGCAUGCCAGAAGAGGAAAGUUUGAUCAGCUUCGGAGCUAGUAUAGAUGAUGAACGGUGGCAUCGAUUGGGCGUCAGUGUUAAGGGUGAUUCCGUUACAUUAAUAUUGGACUGUGACACGCAGAUUACACGGUCGCUAAGUCGCGGUACGAAGUCUAACAUAGCGAACGAUGGUCUGAUAUUAACUGGCAUGCAGCUCAACGAGGACGACGGGUUUUUUACAGGUGACAUUCAACUAUUUAUGCUUUCAAGCACACCCGAUGAAGCGUAUCAACUAUGUACUAAGUACGCUCCAAAUUGCAUCGGUUGGACUGGGUUUGAAGUGGGGUCCACGUCAUUUGGUGCGCAAAACAAUACUAGUCAGAUUGCAUCUAGAACCAAUAGUACGACAUCAGGGUCAUUCCAGUACAGUUUUGACGCUGCAAGAAACCAAAUACAAAGUUUUGCUACAGCUGCUUCUUCCAGUAACCAACAACAUGGUGCCCAUCGAGAGUUUACAGAUUUAACUGGGGAUGUUGAUGGACUAGACAUCAUUGGCGGUGAUGAAGACUAUUACAAUAAUUUAGAACUGGAGGGCGAAGCCAAACCAGUUGGGCACCUACAUGAAAGUUCAAGCACCCAGGGAAGUACUGUCAAUAGAGUUCAAAGCACGAUCAAUAGAACAGUUGAUGGAUACGAUCAGUAUGGAAGACGACCUAUUCUGCCGCUCCCUGAUCCAGAAUAUGAUUCCUCCGCUGUGAAUAGUGGUCAAUCCAAAGGAGAAAAACCGCCCGAUGAAGUUCAGCCCGAAACUGAUGCAGUAUAUGAAGACACCUCAAUUUCCUUUCCAUCAUCCAACCGCACUGGAAUUGUAAUACGUACAAUUGUUGGUCCGAGAGGUCCACCUGGGGAACCCGGUCCUAGGGGCGAACCAGGCCGAGAUGGUUUGCCGGGACAAAACGGUCCUUCAGGUCCUCCCGGGCAUGUAUUUAUGGUUCCUUUGAGUCAAACCACUAAUGAAAAGGGACCAGAUACUCAAGCUGAAGCGUUUCGUCAAAUGCUUUCACAGCAUAUGAUGGCUAUGCGUGGAGCAGACGGUCCUAUGGGUUUGACAGGCGUUCCAGGAACCGUGGGACCACCUGGGCCGGAAGGUAUGAAGGGAGAGAUUGGUGAAAUCGGCGAGCCGGGACCUCGAGGGUUGCGUGGUCCAAUGGGAUUGGCAGGACGCGAGGGAAGAAGAGGUAGGGCCGGAAGAGACGGUGAACGUGGAUCAGUCGGCUUGCAAGGAUUGAAGGGAGAACCAGGUAGCGUCGGACUUCCGGGAUUCCCCGGAGAAAAGGGCGACCGAGGCAGGAUUGGUAAUGUGGGAGAAAAAGGUUCUCAGGGACAUGACGGCAUUCAAGGCGAGGACGGUCCACCUGGACUACCAGGAUUGCCGGGAGAAUUAGGUCCACGUGGUUUUACGGGACCACGAGGAUUUCCUGGCCCAACUGGAAACCCUGGGUUACCGGGAACGGAAGGUUUGCCAGGAGUAAAGGGAAAUCCUGGGCCUCAAGGUCAACCUGGCGCCCCAGGCCAGGCAGGUCCUAUUGGACCGGUAGGAGCUCCCGGGCCGCAGGGGAAUAUGGGACCACCCGGAAUUCAAGGUCCUCAUGGCAAACCGGGCCUCCCGGGAUUACCAGGUGCAGAUGGAUCCCCUGGACGCGAAGGUAAUCCAGGCAUUGUAGGACCUAAAGGAGAUAUUGGUCCUCAGGGCGUUCAGGGCUCCAUUGGCUUUCCCGGUAAUAGGGGUCCUAAGGGAGAUGAUGGAGAUAGAGGAUCACCCGGCGAUAAAGGAGACAAAGGUGAAAGGGGUCAUGACGGAGAAAAAGGUGAUAUGGGACCGCCCGGGGAAAGAGGUGCAGCUGGACAGCAAGGUGCUAGCGGAAUUGAAGGGCCAGAAGGUCCAAAGGGAUUUGAAGGACCUCGUGGGGAGCCAGGAAUGAUGGGUUUGUCUGGUGACAAAGGCAAACAGGGUGUUCAAGGGUUCCCUGGCUACGCCGGUCCACCUGGUGAUAAAGGAGACAAGGGUACAGUGGGUAUUAUUGGCUUGGCAGGCGAUAAAGGAGAACGAGGAAACCCUGGAUUGCAAGGUGAACGAGGUGAAGUGGGUCCUAGAGGUUUUCGAGGGCCUCGCGGGCGCAGAGGAGCUGAUGGAAUACCUGGACCAAAGGGAGACACCGGCCAACCUGGGGCCCCGGGAGCACAAGGCGAAAUGGGUACUCAAGGACUAGAAGGACCCCGAGGAUACAUUGGACUACCCGGUCCUCCCGGUAUCAAUGGAAAAGACGGACCACAAGGAACACCUGGAGAGCGUGGACCAGCGGGUGAAAAUGGAAAUUCUGGGCCACCCGGAGCUCCCGGCGUUAUUGGACCUCAAGGACCGAACGGAGAGCCAGGACCCGUAGGUGAGCCUGGUAUACCGGGUUUGCCUGGCAUGCCUGGAGAACCAGGAGUUCCUGGCGACACUGGCAAAGAAGGACAAGUGGGACCACCCGGGCCCCCUGGUAAAAAUGGACCUCCAGGCGGACAAGGUUUGCCAGGAUUUCCCGGAGAGCGAGGAAUGAUGGGAAUGCCUGGCCUUCCCGGGUUGAAAGGUGAAAUUGGUGUACCAGGUCUUCAAGGGCCGGUCGGCGAUAAAGGUCAACCAGGGGAGCCAGGAAAAGAAGGUCCUCCGGGACCCGAAGGUCGUCGAGGUCCUCCUGGUCCUGCUGGAGCCGUUGGGUUGAAGGGCGAACGAGGUGAAAUGGGACUAAUGGGACCUAUUGGCCGUGAUGGCCUCCCCGGCCAGCGUGGUUUGACUGGUCCACCAGGACCUCAAGGUCCCCCUGGCGAAGACGGAGAUAAAGGUGACAUAGGUCCACCCGGAGAAAAAGGUUUCAAGGGUGCACAAGGAGAAGCGGGACCGGUUGGUUCACCGGGUAUUCAAGGAAGUCGCGGAGAGCCUGGCGCUGUUGGGCCUCCUGGAGAGAAAGGACCGCCUGGAGAAAUGGGUCGUGCUGGUAGUAAAGGAGAGGACGGCCCAACAGGGCUACCAGGCUCGCCAGGACCAGCAGGCCCACAAGGAAUGCCUGGUCCUCCAGGAAUAAAAGGAGGGCGCGGUGAUGACGGCCCAGUCGGACCGGCUGGCCCUGUGGGACCACCUGGCGAACCCGGCAGAAGAGGAACCCGAGGAGCAGAAGGAGCCCCGGGAGCUCUUGGUGCUCCUGGAGCUCAAGGUAUAUAAUAAUUGAAAUUAUAACAUACGCUAGUUUUAAUACUCGUAAAUGCAGGACUUGCUGGAGAGCCUGGACCACAGGGACCACCUGGUUUACUUGGUCCCGAAGGAAAAGAGGGUGAGAAAGGAGCUGUCGGUCCGAAAGGAGAGGAAGGUAAAAGCGGUGCUCCAGGUCCACCGGGAAAACGAGGACCCGCUGGACCAGAAGGACCCAAAGGAACAGUUGGCGCUCCAGGUUUCCCUGGUAAUCCUGGCGAGCCCGGUGUUGUCGGUCCCAAAGGUGAAACCGGCAAAGAUGGUGAUGAUGGAAAACAAGGCGAACCUGGUCUAACAGGGGAAGCUGGCCCACCAGGGCCACCUGGUGAGGUUGGACCUCCCGGUAAGAUGGGACCUGAGGGAGCAGCUGGUUUGCAAGGAACUACAGGUUUACCUGGUGAAAAGGGAGACCGAGGGUUACCAGGACCGAUAGGAAAUGUUGGUUUACCUGGUCCUCAAGGUAUGCCUGGAGCACAGGGAUUACCAGGAUUGAGAGGUUCACCUGGGCCUUCAGGUGAAAUAGGCCCUAUUGGAAAAUCAGGAGAAACCGGCCCUGCCGGUCAAACAGGUGAAACAGGCGCCCGAGGACAGAAAGGUGAUCGUGGCAAAAGAGGUCCAAAAGGCCACCGUGGAGAACUGGGUAUGGUGGGAUUAAAGGGAGACUCUGGAGAAAAGGGCGAUAAAGGAACAAAAGGCAAUCCUGGGCUAGAAGGUCCAAAAGGACCACUGGGUCCCCUGGGCCUAAUUGGUUUAAAAGGUAACGAUGGCCCACAAGGUCCUCCAGGUGUUGAGGGUGGAUUGGGACCGAAAGGAUCCGAAGGAGUAGCAGGAUUAAGGGGAGAACCUGGCCCUCCAGGUCCCCCUGGACCACCGGGGCCUCCAGCCGAAGCACCAUUGAUUCCACCCGAGCUGCUAUUCAGAAUGGGAGAACUUUCUAUGACAAAAGGUGAAGAUCGAAUGAAACGAGAAGUCGAUGAAAUUCCAGAUGAAGAAGAUGACUUUGAUGAGGAACUUCUUAAAAUUGAACCCAAGAAGAAAAAAAAGAAGAAAAAGGUCAAAGACGAUUUAGGUCCGAAAUUCUUGGAUAUGUACAGCUCAAUAUACUCAAUGCGGCAGGAGUUGGAUCGAAUGAGGAAGCCUGUUGGAACUCGAGAAAAUCCAGGUAGAACUUGCCGGGAUUUACACUACGGUCAUCCGCAGUUUAAGGAUGGUUGGUACUGGAUCGAUCCGAAUCUGGGAAUGGCGGACGACGCGGUUUAUGUGUUCUGCAAUAUGACAGCGGAAGGAGAAACAUGCGUCUUCUCCGAUCUGCACAGUUCUCAGAUGCCGAAUAUUCCCUGGCGAAAGGAGAACGACAAGACCGAUUGGUAUUCAAACCUUAGGGGAGGAUUCAGGAUAUCAUAUGAAACGGUCGGAAUUGUACAGAUGACAUUCCUGCGGUUGCUUUCCCAGGGCGCAUAUCAGAAUUUCACGUACACCUGCAUGAAUAGUGUUGCUUGGUAUAGCACGGAAGAAGACAAUCACGACAAUGCAAUACGGUUCAUGGGUGAUAAUGAAAUCGACAUUGGCUUCGAGAACACCAAACUGCGCCCGAAUAUAUUGGUGGAUGGAUGUAAAACGGGAAAGAGCAAGAGUGAAACGGUCUUCGAAAUUCGCACUCAAAAGUUGCAGUAUUUGCCGAUUAUAGAUUUCUAUCCGGUUGACUACGGCGAACCUCAGCAGGCUUUUGGGUUCCAAGUGGGACCCGUGUGCUUUAAGUGA